AUGCAAUUGCCAAAUUACACCGGGUGGGAAACUGUUUCCUAUGUCCAAAUAUUUGUUUUCUUUAUCUUCUUGAUUGAAUUUAUUAUUUCUAUUAUUUUUAAACUUAAAAAAAGAAAUGAAUUGAAACCCAUGCUACCAUUCUUUAUUCUCUUUGGUUUAUUUCUUUUGCUUAAAGUGGCUGGUGGUAUCCUUGCUUUAGUUUUUAUGCACCAACAGAACUUCCAAUUAAGUUUAUUUAUUCCAACAUACGUCUUUGAUACUGUUAGUUUGGGUUUUAUAACCAGAUCAAUUAGUUCAUUAAUUCAACAUAUGUUCAAUCAACAGGGUGGUUUGCAUAAUGGAAGGUCCCCACCAAUUCCUAAUGUAGAAUAUAAAGCUAAUGAUAUUGAAAACCAGAGUGAAGAAAUUCAUACUAACUUUGCAAAAAAAUUCUGGCCAUUUAAGUUGGUUACAAUUGUUUUGAUAGUAGCAGUUAUUUUGAGUAUUUAUGGGACUUCAGAAGCAUCGGAAACAAACCCACCAUCAUCAGUUGGAACUUUUCUUAGAACCUCGUCAAUUUUAUUCUUGGUUGGUGUUAUAUUAAUGAUUGCAAUUUUAGUUUUCAUGCUAUCCAUCGGAGACAAGUUUAACAUCAUCGCCAAGUUGUUAAUUUCAGGUUUAGUAAUUUUAAUCGUUAGAUGUGCAUAUUCUAUUAUGACUACGUUUCAUGGUAUCAAUUUUGAAGAACCAAGUAAGUAUAUGAUAUUAUUUGGAGACUAUAAAUAUUAUACAUUCAUGGGUUUGAUGAUUGAAGGUUUAGCUGCCAUUUGUAUUUUGAUUGCAUAUUGGCACUGGUAA